CCCUUGUUUCUUUCCGGCAGCAGUGUUCUGACCGUAGCAGCAGCAGCAGCAGCCGCCGCAGGCAGCGCCGACCAGCCAACCAAGCCGCGGAGCCCGAAGGGUUCUUGCUCCCCAUUUCCGCAAUUGGAGCCACCUGCUUUCGAUUCCUCUUUCUGCAGUCGUGGAGUUGUCAAAGAUUCAGAUUUCUUGCUUCCCCGCAGCAAUUUGGCAGGGUCCGAGUGCCGGAGGGCGGCAGCUGGUAGUUUCCAUGGUUCUUGGUUUGCUGCUGGGGUGGAUAUAACACGGGGGAGGAGAUUGGGGGCUGGCGGCGGGCGCGCGGGAUGAUGGAGCCCCAGGUGGUGGACCUCGAGGAUGACAGCAUCAACUUCUGGGCCUCCCUCGGCGUCAGCCCCCAUGUCGACCAGAUGCCGCUGCACAACGUCCACAUCGUCGACCACCAGGCUCAGCCACCGCCGGCUGCGGCAGCGGCACAGCUGCAGUCCGUCUGCAGGGACCUCUUCCCAGUCGAGUCCGACGCCUGCCUGGAACCUCGGUUGGGGAUGGAGUUUGAGUCCGGGGAGGCUGCCAAAACCUUCUACAUUGCUUACGCGGGCCGUGUUGGGUUCUCCAUCCGCAUUGCCCGGUCGCGCAAGUCCAAGUGCAGUGAGUCCAUUAUCAUGUUACGGUUUGUGUGCUCGAGGGAAGGGUUCAGUAAGGAGAAACGCUCCGUGGCAGCUGGGAAGAAGACGAGGAAGCGGGCCGCCUCCAUUAGGGAGGGCUGCAAUGCCAUGCUCGAGGUGCUCCGCAGAGGCGAUAGCAAGUGGGUUGUUACCAAGCUUGUCAAGGAGCACAAUCAUGAGGUUGGGCUACCCAGCAGAGUGCAUUAUAUUGCCAUCGAGGGUGAUGCUGUGGUUGACCCUUACCUUGGUAUGGAGUUCGAGUCCCUUGAGGCUGCCAAGACAUUCUACUACUCAUAUGCCAGCCGUGCCGGGUUUGAAGCUCGUGUGCGUCAGUCCCGCAAGUCGCAAGAUGAGUCACUCAAGAUGCUGAAGCUCGUGUGCUCGAGGCAUCGAUACCAUUCAGGCCGGGAGAACAAUGGAGAGGAUACCAAGAGAGUGCGUGCAUUGGACCCCUCUAGGGAUGGCUGUGAUGCAUUGUUUGAGAUAAUUCGGAAGGGCAAAGAUGUAUGGAUGGUCUCCAAACUCAUCCUAGAACAUACUCAUGAGCUGAACCCAGCUCCAGCAAGCAGAGUUCACUGUGUUCGCUCUCAAGGUGAGGUACUUGUCAUUGCAAAUAAUUUUGCCGACACACGCAAUCUCCUUCUGAAUGGCCAAGAUUCUCAGCGUCCUAGAGAGAUGCGGUAUAAUGAUUUAGGGCCAGAGGAUGCUCAAAGCCUAUUUGAAUAUCUUAAGAAGAGACAAGAUGAGGACCCUUCAUUUUUCUAUGCCAUGCAGCACGGAAAGAAUGGGCAGUCAGCAAAUAUCUUCUGGGCUGAUGCUAAAGCUAGGAUGGCUUACUACCAUUUCGGUGAUGCUGUUAGGUUUGAGACAGCAUACCGGAAAAACAAGGAGACUAUCCCUAUCGUCAUAUUCUUAGGUGUAAAUCAUCAUGUGCAGCCUGUUGUUUUUGGCUGUGCACUACUUAUUGAUGAGUCUGAAGCAUCAUUUACAUGGUUAUUUGAAAAAUGGCUUGAAGCAAUGCACAUGGAGCCACCUAUUUCAUUGGUAACAGAGUUCAACAGGGUUAUGGCAACUGCUAUUGCCAAGGUAUUACCUGAUACCCACCAUAUUUUCUGUGAAAAGCAUAUCUUAGACACCGUGAGGGAGGGGCUACAUGGUAUGUUCCCAGAUCUAGAGCCUUUCAUAACUGAUCUGAGGAAGUGCAUUGAUGGGUCCAGAAUAGAAGAAUUGUUUGAAUCAGGUUGGAACUCAGUCAUCAUAAAGCAUGGACUCAGCAAUAAUGAGCUUUUACAAUCUCUCUAUGAUAUUCGCCAACAAUGGGCUCCUGCAUACACAAAAAAGGUAUUUUAUCCUGGAAACCAGAUGCCAACAACCUGUGAAAAUAUAGAGAAGGUUGUUGAGAAGUACUUUUCUUCCAAGACUGAAUUGCGGGUGGCAGUUUGGCAACUUGGAGAAGCUAUUUCCAGUUCAUUUGAUGCUGAAGUUCAGGCAGAUUAUUUGACAAUGUUCCAAAUGCUACCGUUGAAAACUGCCUCACCAGUAGAAAAACAAGGGAGUUCAAUAUUCACUAGCACAAUAUUUGGCUUAUUUCAGGGGCAAUUUGCUGAGUCUUUUGGGUACAAUGCAGAGAGACUCGAGGAUGAGACAGUACACAAGUAUCGUGUCACAAGAUAUGAGGGUGAUGAGGAGACACACACUGUCUCUUUCAAUCCAGAUCAAAGUACCGUGAAUUGUAGCUGCUGCCUGUUUGAGAGCUGUGGUAUGUUGUGCAGGCAUGCUCUCCGGAUUUUCAUUAUCGAAGGAGUACGUGCCCUUCCAAAAGCAUAUAUCCUGAAACGUUGGACAAAACAUGCAAAAAAUAUAAUCACCUCCGAAAAUUACAUUGAUCUGAGGGGAGACCAUGAGGAUCCUUCAACUGUAAGGUACAAUGAUCUCUUCUGUGAUGCAGUGAAAUGUGCAAAAGAAGGUUCAAAAUCCUCUGAAAUCUAUGCAAUUGCUAAAGAUGCACUGCACAAGACUCUUGAUGAGGUAAUACGGUCGUCAAAGAACUUUAGAGGGCAGCAACUUCUGCGAAGCUGUACAACGUCAAUAAAAAGGCCAAUCAAGAAGUUUGAUAAGGCCAAAGAUUCCUCUGGUAAAAGCUUAAAGAGGUCAGCAUCUAAAAGUCCCCUCAUGGAGAGUGAUGAUAUUAGAUGACCAAAAAACCUCGAAUUAGGGAACAACAUGAUUUUCCUGUCAACUUGUAUGUAGCACCAUGCAAUCUAAUAAUUGCUAGUUAAAUUGUAGCUGGCUGCAGGAUUUGGCUAUUAGCAGAUCUAGUGGCCAUAAGUGUGAUAGUGAACCCUUAAUCUUGAGAGAUUAAUGCUCAAAAAAAUGUAGAAACAGAUGCCUUUUUGUGGAAAGAUUUGUAAAUACUAUUCCAGAUAGAUUGUUUUCUUAAUAUGAAACUGUGGUCUUAGUUUUCCUUGUAGGAUUGCACACCAUUGUGAUUUUCCUGCAUGCUAGUUGCAGUUCAAUUUUUGUGCUGCUAUGACUAUUAAUAUUGGCCUUUAUGACCCCACAAAUGGCGGAAUAAGCGGUAAUAACAGCUGUGGUUGUUGUAUGCGUUAGAGUUGAGUGGGCUGAUGCAAUGUUACAUUUAGCAGUUAAAUAGGUUGAUAUAGUGGUUUGGGGGAACCUUGGUAUGCGUUAAGAGUUGAGUGGGCUGAUGCAAUGUUACAUUUAGCAGUUAAAUAGGUUGAUAUAGUGGUUUGGGGGAACCUUGAAAUACAUCUAUCAAAAGAUAAAUAUUUUUCUCUGAUGUUCGCAUAUCUUUGGCCAUUUGACUGUAGUGCAGUGACCUCAAAUUAAACUAUAUAUGAACUCAUUUCUUGAAUGUUUGUUUUUUAUUCUACACAUAGAAGUAGUUAUCAAACCGCUUAAAAGGCCGCGUACCACACAAAGAUCACAAGAUAUAAUGACAACUAGCUAACUGAUAUUUAGAACAUUGUUUGAAAAUGUACGUUCAGAUAUUAGGUUCUAUUUAAACACACAUAGGGAUUAGUAUCCUUUGUACGACCUUUGCCCUGAACUCCAACGGCCAACUUUGCAAAACAUUAUUGCUAGUCUAUAUCACUACCUAAUGAUACUGGCAUACUGAAUCAUUGUUGACAACUCACUUGCCUUAUCCAACUUUUAUCCUAGUUUAAUUCUUAUCUGAAUUGAUUUGUGGCAUGUGCUGCUCCCUCUGCAUAUCCUGUUCUUUGCAUACCUCCAAAAAACGUCUACUCUUCUAAAAGGACUAAAAGAGUUUUUUUUUAAUGAAAUAAAAGUGGUUCUUCUACAUCUCUACUCUAUGCAUACUAUGUCUAGCUUACUGGUAUCUCAUGACUCGUGCCUUCACUCUCGUCUAUGGUUCUCCCUUUAGCAGCAUAGCUCGCCACAUAACUGGAUCAGUGCUCCCUUGAACCCCAUCACCAGUUCCAGAAUUACUUGAUUGGUCCAUCGAGAGCCAAUAAUCAGCAAGUGCAUUUUCAAUUUCUGAAAUAUGUAAAUUUACAUUCUCAAUUGUAGUCGGUAUGGAGAUGUGUGCUGCAGUUUUCUUCCUUUCUGAUGAAUCCUGUCAGUUUAAAAUAUUGCUAGAAACAUGGAGGCAGCCAAAUCGUGCAGAGAAGUGAAUAUUGAUCAUUUAAACCUAUUCAGGUCCUGGAAUAUUCUUGAUACCUAUUUCUUCUGUGUCUAACAAAAAAACUCGACCCUUGGGGAAAAAUCUCCCUGGGUUUAAGCCUAAGAUUGAGAGAAACUCAACAGUAGGGUCGAGAAGAGGCCUGUACAAGGAACCUCUACCCACUGUACAGCUCUUAACCUGCACUGUCACAGCAAGGGGCCUUUUUUUGGGUGCAAGACCAGGGCUCAAAUCCUGGCCGGUUGGCUCUCCACUGGACUGCAACCACUGGGCAUCUAACACUUGCUCCUGUAUUUCAGCGUUGAGGUGCAGUUUGAGAACCACUGAAGGCUGGAAUGACCUGUACAUUGGUUUUGCUCCACUGUUGUCCUACAAAUGCUGUAAUUCUUACAUGCUUGGUUGUAAUCGCCGAAAAUGUUCAGUAUCAGCUGCAUGCCAUACUUCAAAUUGGCCGCUGGCUGAAUGACCAGGAGAGCUGUUUCUGUGCUUCAAUUUCUUCAGAUCCUUUUUUUCUUGAGGGAGUUCCCACAAGAUCCUGUCAGCAUGAACUUCGACAUGCUUUCAGCUGGAGGUCACUCUUUAUGUGCACCAUUUUGUUGAUGUAAACAGUUUGUUACAGUACUCGGUAAAACGAAAAGAUUAGUGGAGUCAUGAAAGGGAAGUGCUGUUUCCCCCAUUAUGGAAGCAAGUGUGAUGAAAAAGGUGACACCUUGCACAACACGUCUUCACAGUUCACAGCAAAUCUGAUUCCAUGGCUGGAACUUGUAGGAUGCUGUUGGACAUGUUCCCGGGGGCAAGAAGAUCAGUUGAACCUUUCUGGAACAGCACCACGCAUGCACAUCAUACCACAAACCGGGUACAGUGGAUGAUAAGUAAGAGCACAGAAAGAGAAGGACUGGCAUGCCAAGAUGUGUCUAGAUAGAAAGCAACAUCUGUGCAGAGACACGGCGCAAGAUCUAGCUCGAGAAGCAUGCUGCGAUCGUCGACUAUCAGCAUGCUGACCACUGUGGCAUCUUACCUGGGAACAGAAAUGAAUUUGAGGACCACAUUUUCUCCAUCGAAGAAUGCAAGGUGGGUGCAUCAGUGACCACUGAUCAGGCAUGUGCAUCCUGCAUCAGGCUCAUCGCCCGUUUGUGCAAAAGUGAGAAGGUGGUGGUGGGUUUUCAGAUGCAAAUUGCAGGGUUUGGUGGCAGUCGUGCGGUUGCAAGUGUCAGGCUCAGAACUGGAGCUUUCAGUUCAGACUCACUGGUGCUUCCAGUCCCAGGCAGACGUGUCCCGGCAUCAGCUACCUCCCUGCACACGUCUCCACCCGGCUGUUGAUCAGCCCCCACCAAACCCGCCGGCCCACGGUCUCACCGCGCGGCUGAGAUGGGGGGAUAGAUUGUGUGCUGUGUGUUGUCGCCGGCGUGGAGCUUGUGGCCGAACUGAUAGAGCACUAGGCUGGUCUGCCAUUGGCCGCCAGGGAGCAAGGGGGCAGCAUGCCUGGGUUUCUUUAACCUCCCUAAGCUUCUGCCACCGUGCUUUGCCUUUGCAGGCCUUGCUGAGUUCGUCACCUGCAUAAUGAAGGAUACAUGGCUGCUGUCUGCAGCUUGCUUAAUUCCCUCUCCAAUUACUACUCCAAUGUCAAACCUUUCUUAUCAUCCGGAUCGAUAAUUGAGUGUGCAUCAUUUGGAUAAUAUUGUAAUUAGCUGUUGCAUCCCCUUUCUUUGGGCAUACUCAAUGUGGACCAAGUGAGUUCACUUUGCUCUUCUUUCUUUAAGAGAAGUGGACCAGUUGAUCCAACCUAGUCAUGUUCUAUGCUUAAACUGAAGUGAACCAAUGUGACCUAGUGCU